GAGACAACACAUACAGGUCAAAACAUCAGCUGAAGAAAUAUUGAAAAUGACAGAUGAAGACGAUUCUUCCGUUGAGGAAAUUAUUUCAAUACGAGAAAUCGCACCAAGGCCUGUUCCAAGGGCGAAGCAUCCUUUCAUCACGCAUGUCAGGGAAGGAUACGAACAGUCUCACACAGACUCCAUGCGCCGACAGCCAGGUGCCCGCUCCUUGCCGUCAUCACCUCACACAGGUGUCAAUCACAUCUCGCCACGAGACAAUGUUGUAAAACUGGGGCAGUUUCCACCAAUCAUAUCACUGAAUGUUGGCGGAAUGGUGUACCAGACACGACUCUCCACACUUUUGAAGUACUCGGACUCCAUGCUAGCGGCCAUGUUCAGUGGCCGUCACAAGGUCGACCAAGACAAAGAUGGCCACUACUUCCUGGACACCAACGGUGCCGUGUUUGGCCACAUUCUGGAAUACCUCCGCUACGGGACAGUUCCGCCGUCCGACUUAUCCACCGCUGUCUACAGAGAUGCAGAGUACUAUGGCCUACACUCCAUGGUUGAAAAGCUACAGCUUCGACCUGAAAUUGCUUCUAUUAUCGUCAAAGAAUCCCAUCGAUCCCAGUUUCCAGGGUACCAAGAUGCCAAGCAUGACGUCAUCCGAGCAGCAGUUGCUAAUGCAUCGAUUAACAGAAUCGGUGAAGUAUUGGUAUGUGCUUUCAGAACAGAGUUCAAGGCGAAAGUUCAGAACUUUAACCCCCUCCACGGAUGCAUCGUGGAAUCAGCUCAUGUUAGUAUUGGGCCAUGGGAAACACAAGCUGACGAAGAAGUGUUUAUGAAAUGUCUGGAAAAUGAUCUCAUGGAGGAUGGAUUCAAUGUCAAGCCACAUGAGGGUAAACGGAAGUGUAAAUAUUACUAUGGACAAACCUGUCAGAAAUUUGUCUACAAGUUGCAAAUCAUAUUUGAUUGAUAUUAGAUAUCUUAUAUAAUUUAUUCAAUACCACACACAUUGUGCAGCCUUGUGGCAUCUCACACCUAGAUGUUCAUGCUAUUUGUUAGGCCAACCUUAUUCUGUUACUUGAGUCAUUGAUCUGGUUGAAUGGGUACCUCCGAUUUGCAAGAUAUACUUGUCUGUUUUUAUUUCUGGUUACUUUGGACAGACCAUUUUUCUUUAAAAUAGAUUUGCCUAGUUUUUCAUUACCAUGCCAAGAUGUUGGCGGAAAUUAUAAUAAAUAAUGAACAUUGUCUUAGUUGAUAUUAUCAGUUUAAUGUCCCGCAACAUCCUCUUGAGACAGGUUAUAAAUACAUAUUUUUAAACAUUCGAACAACUGGUUCGUGAUAUUUUCAAUAAUUUUAUUUAUGUGUCUAUAUUUGUGAACUUUAAGGUAGUGGUUCAUCCAUGAUGCAAUAUUAAAAUUGGUCGGACUGUUAAAAUGGUUCUUUUCUAUUGGGUAACGUAAAGUAUCAAACACUUUCGACAGUCGAUGAUUCAAGUGAUAGAACAUGGUUGACUGUAACAUGAUUGUCAGUUUGAUAUGGACUGUCGCUACCGUUGUACUUGGCCAGUCACUUCCUCUGUAACAUGGUCAACAAUCAAACACAACAGCUUUAUACUCAUUGUGCAUUGUGCAUUGAUUGACCUAUGGUGCUGGGAGUAGUCACCAUUGUUGUGUUGUGUUGUGAUGUGUGACUGAUGAACACGUGGAACACGUGGAACACAUGAACACUUGGAACUCAUGUUGAACUCUUGUAGUGCAUAUAGAACACUUAGACUUUAAAAAAAAAUAAAAAAUUUCUUUGGCAAUGUUUUUUGAAAAUAUAGUGUGAGCAGGCGGUGAGGCGGUGUCCUUUUUUUCCCCGGUUGUUCAAACUAGUAUGUAACCAAAUAAACAGUUGUGUAUCCAAAUGUUCAAACUAGUAAUACAAGUAGUAUGUAACCAAAUAAACUGUUGUGUAUCCAAAUAAACAGUUGUGUACAAUCAACCCGGGAAAGGGCCUCUUUACAUAAACAUAUUCCUUGAUGAAUAAAAUACUGGAAUACAAUAUUUGACUACCGUUGGACUAUUUGAGGAUAUUUUAGAAUUUUUUUUAAAUGGAAAUAUAAUGGAAAUGUGUGGUGGACUUUAUGAUGAUGCAGGCAGUGCCUGAGAACCAAGACUGUUUUUUAGCCUUUAGAGCUUGCUGAACAUUUGAAAUGCAUGCUGAACAAAUGGAUGUGUAAUCAGUAUUAGCACCUCUCUUUCAGCUGUGUUAUUGUCUCUGUAGUGUAUGUACCCCCAGGAAGCAUGUACAACAAUACAUGUAUUCUGUAUGUACAACAAUGCAUGUAUUCUGUACGUACAACAAUGCAUGUAUUCUGUACAUAUAACAAUACAUGUAUUCUGUACGUACAACAAUGCAUGUAUUCUGUACGUACAACAAUGCAUGUAUUCUGUACAUAUAACAAUACAUGUAUUCUGUACGUACAACAAUGCAUGUAUUCUGUAUGUACAACAAUGCAUGUAUUCUGUACGUACAACAAUGCAUGUAUUCUGUAUGUACAACAAUACAUGUAUUCUGUAUGUACAACAAUGCAUGUAUUCUGUACGUACAACAAUGCAUGUAUUCUGUACGUAUAACAAUACAUGUAUUCUGUACGUACAACAAUGCAUGUAUUCUGUACGUAUAACAAUGCAUGUAUUCUGUACGUACAACAAUGCAUGUAUUCUGUACGUACAACAAUGCAUGUAUUCUGUACGUAUAACAAUGCAUGUAUUCUGUACGUACAACAAUGCAUGUAUUCUGUACGUACAACAAUGCAUGUAUUCUGUACGUACAACAAUGCAUGUAUUCUGUACGUACAACAAUGCAUGUAUUCUGUACGUACAACAAUGCAUGUAUUCUGUACGUACAACAAUGCAUGUAUUCUGUACGUAUAACAAUACAUGUAUUCUGUACGUACAACAAUGCAUGUAUUCUGUACGUAUAACAAUGCAUGUAUUCUGUAUGUACAACAAUGCAUGUAUUCUGUACGUACAACAAUGCAUGUAUUCUGUACGUAUAACAAUGCAUGUAUUCUGUACGUACAACAAUGCAUGUAUUCUGUACGUAUAACAAUGCAUGUAUUCUGUACGUACAACAAUGCAUGUAUUCUGUACGUACAACAAUGCAUGUAUUCUGUACGUAUAACAAUGCAUGUACUCUGUACGUACAACAAUACAUGUAUUCUGUACGUACAACAAUACAUGUAUUCUGUAGGUACAACAAUGCAUGUAUUCUGUACGUACAACAAUGCAUGUAUUCUGUACGUACAACAAUGCAUGUAUUCUGUACAUAUAACAAUACAUGUAUUCUGUACGUACA